AUGAUGAGGCGCGGUAGAAGUGAUACUAUAGCUGCUUAUGCAGAUUCCCUGACAGUGACUAGGUUUCCACGGGUCAAAUCGAAGCAACCCUUCUCGGCUACCAUCCAGACAUUGGAGGGAAGGCAGAUACCCAUUUCCUUUGGAAAGGAUACCACAGCUCACAGCCUCCACGAAAAGUUGCUGCAAGAAACCAAUCUCCCAACUCUCUCCAGGAAAAACGCCAACUACUACCUGUUAAUCCAUACUAGUAGUGGGAAAGUGAUGGAUGGUAGCUUGUUCACAUCUUCAGGAGGGCAGACGGUUCUGACUCUGGGCAUUGAGGAUGGCUCCAUUGUCUAUGCCAUCCUGACAAACAAACCGCUACGUCUUACAGCUCCAUGCUCGACCGUCAAGAAGUAUGAUAUACCCAAAACAGAGCUACGUUCUUUAAACACCCGCCAGCUUAAGGAACUGGCUCUCCAGGUGAUUCUGAGGUGUGAAGCUGAAGGCUGGACCAGCACUGAUCUUAAGAAGAAAGGAACCCCACUCAAACCAGAGGAUGUGACACUCUACGAUCUUGUGGAGCAUUACGUCAAACCCAUUACGGCAGAAAGACAGUGUAGUUAUGUCGAGAUGGUUUCAUCCAAGGAAAAGAGCCCGACUUAUUAUGUUAGUCACUACUGGGGAGACUCCGUGCUGGGUAAGAUUGCCUGUCUUUUGCAGCAUGCCAAAGAUCACAUGGACGAUGGCAGCUUUACCUACUGGAUCUGCGCCUAUGCCAACAACCAACACAAAUUGCAACAAGAAAUCAACUCCCAUGGUGACCCUAUUGAAACCUCCUUCUUCCGAGCCAUACAACUCAGUCAAGGGACCGUGUCCAUCAUGGACCAACACCGAAUCUGCUUUGCCAGAAUUUGGUGUGCCUUCGAGAUAUUUUUGGCUCUGAGGGACAUGAACAGCAACAAGAGCAACAACAACAAUAACAAGUCAUGGGGAUCAAAGCAGCAGGAAGAGGACGUGCCGUACAUGUAUGAGAUUUACACCGUCAAGGCAACACCGGACAAUCGACACGAUAAUGCAUGCUUGGGACUCCGGGAUGUGAACGUCUUUGGAGGUGCACAAUAUGGUGCCAAAGGCAAGCCUCCGUUUCCAUGUUGCCCCGAAAUGCUGGAUAUUUGUAUUGAAAAGGCUGCCGCCACCAGGGACAAUGACAGAAGGAGCAUUCUCAACUAUAUUUGUGGAGGGAGAGCGGCAGCAGUCUCAAAUGAAGAACCGCCAUCGGGACACUGUGCCUACCAGGAAAUCAACAAUCUACUGCGGGCAAGGAUUGCACUGUCAACAUACCAGGCAGCUCUGGCGCAGCAACAACCAAUGGAAAAGUACCGAAAUGCCAUUCGUCAUCACCCAAAUCUCAAGCGUCUUUCCAUGAACUUUUAUGAGUUUGAUCCUUUUGUGGAAGAAGCUCGACAUUUCAUGGCCACGGCUCUUCCAGAGGGAUUGGAAUCACUGCAGCUGUAUUAUGGAGGACUGGCGUUUGAAUCAUCGGAUGAGUUUGCACGAGGCUUGAGCAGACAGACAAACCUCAAAGAAUUCACCCUGC